AUGUCUUCGGCUGGACCACUCGAGGUGAUCGAGGGCGGCAAGGCGUGGCUCAAAUGUGGCAACGGCAUGAACUUGGGGGAAGCUCCGAUCUACCGGGCCAGCGACUCGACCCUGCACUGGGUGGAUUGCCUGUGCGAGCCGGCCGAGUUGCAAAUCGUCCAGGUCGACGCCGACACUGGCGACGCGGUCGGCGAGACGAGGGUGGUGAAGCUCGAGGACAGCGUGACGGUGGCCUUUUUCCGCAAGAACAGACCCGGAAGUUACAUCUGCGCUUACUUCCAGGGCGUGGCGUUCAUGGACGAGGCGACGGGUAAACUCGAGGUGGUCAAGGAGAUCAUCCCGACGAGCGACAGAGGUAUCAGGCGGUUCAACGACGGUGGUGUCGACGCGAAAGGUCGGUUUUGGCUGGCGGAGAUCGACCGUGUGGCCAUGGCGUAUGGUCCCAACAAAUGUCCUGUCAGCCACGGCGAACCCAUAGGUCGGUUAUGGAGAUACGAUCCUGAUGGGAGCCUACAUCUCAUGGAAAAGGGAGUCAUUUGUGGAAACGGCCUGGCUUGGAGUCCGGAUAAUAAGACGAGUGAGUUUUUGAAGUUCUACGAUGACCCGGCCGGUCGGCUGUGUGUGUACUUUAACGAUUCGGUCGCGAUGUUGGUAUGGGCUUACGAUUUUGACCUGGAGAGUGGAAGUAUUUCGAACAAGAGAUUGUUUAUCGAUCGGCGGUCCUCGUUUGGGGAGCCUGAUGGGAUGGUUGUCGAUACUGAGGGAAAUCUAUGGAUCGCCAUGUUUGCAUCAUACAGAGUCAUGGUGUUCAGCCCAAAGGGCGAGCAUUUGAAGGAUAUUGUCUUUUCGGCCAACAACAUGGCUUGUACGACGUGGGGAGGAAAGAACCUUGAUAUUUUGUAUAUCGCCACGGGAAGGGAUAAGAGUCCUAAUGCAAAGCCUGACGACGAGGGAGGUCAUAUGUUUAGAUACAAGGCCGUGGGAGUGAGAGGGUGGCAGAAGUAUGAGUUUGAUGGAUGA